UAGAUAGAUAUUUCAAUAAUUUCAGUAGCAUUCCCCUAGUUUAGGACUUAACAAUGAUUAUUUAAAUGUUGUUAUUCAGUGACUCAACAUACAUAACAGGCCGAUAAAGAUGUCUGAGUCCCAACCUCUGCUUUCUGGUGAAAGAGAGAGGGUGACCUCUAAAUCAUAUUUUGUCAGAACUAUUAUUCCAUUUCUUCUACUCCAAGCAUCAGUUGGAUUAUGCGCUUCCCUCCAGGCAACCUUUUAUCCAAUAGAAGCUGAAGCUAAAGGUGCUUCUGCUGCACAGUUUGGAGCAGUCUUUGGGAUCAUUCAUCUCUCUCUCUUCAUAUUUGGCCCCCUGGUUGGCAAGUACCUGUCCGUGUGGGGCGUAAAGGCAAUAUUCCCUGCUGGAUUUGUAAUUGAUGGAGGAACCUUCAUCCUGUUUGGACUCCUCCAGUGGGUAGAUGAUACCUCAACCUUCCUGGUGUUCAGCUAUCUCAUCAGGUUCCUAGAGGGAGUUGGUGCAGCAGCAACAUGGACCUCUAACCUAUCUAUUCUGAUGGCUAAGUUUCCAGAGAGGAAAGCUACAGUAAAGGCAUGGUGUGAUGCAGCAUUUAACUUUGGUCUAACCAUUGGUCCUGUGAUUGGUGCCUUCCUAUAUGAUGCGGGGGGUUUCUUUCUUCCCUUUGCUGUUACUGGAUCAGCAAUUCUACUGAGUGGACUUUUAGUUCUCUUUACAACUGAGUUUCCUGACAUGGAGACUGGGGGAAUGGAUUUACCAAUGAAGAAGGUCCUGGGAAAUGUGAGGGUACUUGUUGCUUUAAUUACCUGUUCUGUCGGAGCAUACACUGUCGGGACACUAGAAGCAACCCUAUCCCCGUUCCUUCUCGAGUUGGAGAUAAGCGUCAAAAUGAUUGCUGUUGCAUUCUUAGUGAUGUCACUUUGCUCAGUUCUUGCAACUCCUCUGUUUGGAUUUAUCUGUGAUUCUAAGUUCUCUCCAUGGUUAGUAUCUGGUAUUGGAACCCUACUUAUGUUUGUAUGCUUCGUGUUCAUAGGACCCUGUCCCUACAUGUCCUUUAUCCCUGCUACAUUUGCAAGUGUUUGUGGAUCUUUAGUUGCUCAAGGGUUUGGAUGCUCAGCAGUUCUUGUUGCUAGUUUUAGUUCAGCACAAAUAGCAGCUGUAGCUGCUGGAUUUCCAGAUAGUAUGGAGGUACAGGCAGUCGUAUCUGGACUCUUUACUUCCGCUUUUGCUUUGGGAAACUUCUGUGGGCCAACAGUAUCCGGUGUUCUCUAUGACAUUGUAGGUUUUGAAUACAAUCUUUUGGUUCUCCAAGCAUUAGUUAUAAUCAUAUUUAUAAUGAAUAUGAUUGUGUACUGUGUGCCUCCACUAGAAGUAGAACAUGAAGCAGAGAUUGAUACCCCAUCACCAUCUAAAGAAGACCUGGAACGGAAGCCAUCAGAUGCGUAUCCUGAGUUGGCUGCUGAUAUUAUUAGAUCAAGAGCAGCUCCACCUAGACCAACAUCAACAAGAAAAUAUUCAACAUCAAGCAGUGUUUAUGAGAGAGGGCAACAUCUUGUAUUUUAAUAUUAACUAAUUUAAUCAUUUUGUAUUGUAUGAAAAGUAUAUAUGAACUUUAAACAUGCUAAUAAGAACAUAGUUCAUACACAUCACAAAACGGCUAUUUUCCAGUCGAAAAUUGAUCAUAACAAAAAAAUUGAUCCUGAUAAUUUUGUAUAAAAAGUUAAGGUUUUGUAAAAUUGUUAAGUUUCUUGAAUUCAGAAAUACAUCAAACUAAGGUAAAUUGCACAUAACAUAAUAACAUUGAAGUCAUAUAUUUUCCAUCCUAAUAUAUUUUAUUAUAAGGUAUUGAGAUUAACAAAAAUGUUUUGAAUUUCUAAUUUAUCAUUAAAUAACUUUGAUUUUUUUAUACUUGUGAGUAAAUUUGUAACUAGAGAAGCUAUGAGGUCACAAAGUUGUGCCAGAAAUAUCGCAUAAAUUUUACCUUCCCUUCUGGUUAGUUCACAGUGAUUGUAUAUAUAGAUGAUUCAAAAACUAUUUUGAUAAAAUCUUUAUAAAUGCUUUAACAAUCAUGAAUCAACUGUUUUGUGUACUAAUUUAAAUCAAUAUAUUAUGAAACAUUCA